UGCGUAUAAAAACAAAUGCGUUAAAGAUGGCUAUGUCCAAGUCGACCAACACUUAUAAUCGACAAAACUGGGAAGAUUCGGAUUUUCCAAUCCUAUGCCAGACAUGCCUGGGCGACAAUCCUUAUGUGCGAAUGAUGAGGGACAGAUACGGCAAGGAGUGCAAGAUAUGCACACGACCCUUCACUGUCUUUAGAUGGUGUCCAGGAGCGAGAAUGAGAUUCAAGAAGACAGAGGUGUGCCAGACAUGUGCCAAAAUCAAGAAUGUAUGCCAGACCUGCCUUCUAGAUCUGGAGUAUGGGCUCCCCACUCAGGUUAGUAUAACAUUUAGAUUUAUUUUCAGAUAUCAAGGAAAUAUCUUGCUGGUUGCCACAUCCCACUAUAACACUAUCCCACUAGGGUAUAGGAACUCAUCAGCAUCAGCACUUGGAAGCCUUAUCCCUUUGAGCCAUUUUACAUCACCAAAAAUCUGGGCAUUAGCCUUGAGUGGCCUCUCUGCUGGGUGCCAGCUUGAAGGCUGGGUGCAUGUGAACAU